AUGCCUUUGUGGCCUUUUCGACGGAAAAGCCGCCGACGGCGAGGGCGGGCGAAUAUGGCCGACCAGGAAGAACAUGGAGGACUAGCACCCGGAGCUGGGCUUCCACCCCGGAGCCAGACUGUUCCAGAGGUCGCCAUGGCUCAUGAUGAUGCCCCAGCACCAGAGCGACAAGGGAGUAAACGACAGCGGACAGAAACAAACAAACUUCAUCGCAGGCCUCGGGCCUACAGUUUCUCACCGGGACGUGAUGAUGCGGAGCGAGUGGGCAGGAAAAAGAGCGCCAGGGCUCAACGAGGGACGAAUGCUUUUCUGCCACACGGGUCGGUGCCUCAAACCAUGGCCACUCCUGGCAUGGAUGCUGCGAGGGAUGAGAUGUUAUGGCGCGUGCCCACACUUCACAACAAGAGAGAUGGCGAUCACCUACCCAGGAAAAUGUCGACGAAGAAACGGCGGAAGAAUGACCCACAGCGCGAGGCCGAGAUCAAGGCCAUGAGCAACUUUGCUCCUGUUCGACCAGCUGCCGAAGAUUGGAUGGCCGGCCGCCCAGUGAAGAAGGAGAGCAGGAGAAUGAGGACGGGUAUCGGUGUCAGCAUCAAGGGGACUGAAUUCGACAAGUACAACCGGUCUUCAGAUAUAUCGUUGCCUCUGCCCGAAUCGAUAGACACGGCCCUCUCAUCCGACUCGGAUUACAUUUCAUACAAGGUUUCGGCUCUCGAAGCUCUUGCACCACGGCCAACUUUACGCUAUACUACGCACCCAAAACCAGGAGCUUCUGUCCGCGACGGCGAGGGGUUGGUGAGGCGGCCGUCCCAGCCACGGACGAAGCUGACCGAGCAAAUUCCCGAAGCAACACUCAAAGCACACAAGCGCAUCGACAACCUCGCCGACGAUCUCACUGCCAGUGAUCUUCGAGAACUCAUGGAACGAGACCAGCGGCGGCGGGCACGGAAGAGACAGCUGGAGCAAGAGAGAAUGGAGCGGAGGAUCGCAAGGCGCGCCGAGAAGCAAAAAGCCGCCGAGGCCGAAGCUGAGAGACAUGGGAGGGAAUCGCCCCCCAACAUGGAAAGAGGCAUUCUCGGCCGGGAAGACGUAGGGCUGGGACUUGACCCAGCUUCCGCCAUCGUCACGUCAUCAAGGAUACGACAUCCCGAUGAGCUGCGGGAGGUGCUGCAUGGAUCACACGGAUCACAGGAACCCCGCGAGAUUGCCACGAGUCGGGAUGGGAACCAGUCACACCCUUUGUCUGCAUUCCACCGAGUCGACAGCAAUCCGUUGCAGCCGCCGGAGGCUCCCUCCGAAGCCAGAGAACAGCAUGUUCCAUCCCCAACGAUUGCUCCAUCGAAGGGCUCGUUCCGCAGGAAGUUUUCGCGCUCCAAGUCUCCUCAGGAGUCGGUACCAAGAACAGAGCAAUCAGAGACGACAUCGAAAGCGGCGGAGGGCGGCACUUCCAAAGGCCCGCGCUCUUGGACCUCGUUCUUCAGAUGGGGUAACAAGAACAAGCGUAGUUCCGGGGGACCGUCUUCUUUCUCCAAUACAUCCCGGGACUCGAUGCAAAUAAUCCAAGGCCCGGUGCCCCCUGCACACACCGGAGCGCGUCGCAUGAGCUCCGGUGUCCCGAAACGGACCAUGUCGCGAUUCCGUGAAGAUCUCCCCGAGUUGCCGAUUUCACCUCCCCCAUCUCGCCUGCAGUCGCCUGACGCGGAGGCCAUACGGCCCAUGGGCAAGUCAUCGACUGACUCGCAUGCAACUGCCACAGAAACUUACCCAUCGCCACCAGCCUCCCGGCCGAGGCGGGACACACUGAUAUCCGAACAACAGUCUGUCGAGGCGAUGCGGCAAACACCUUCAACUUUUAGCCAUCCGGAUGAGCCUGGUGUCUCACCCGAACCGCAAGCCAUGUCUCUGGCGUCGAUCGACUCGGAGGGAUCAUGGUUUUCGGGGAGGCUGGCCAAGAAGCGGAAGUCAUCGGGUAUCUUGGACAACGCAUCCGGUCUGCGCCUGCCUAGGCGGACGCCGGAGUCUGACAGCGAGCGCCGUCCAGAACAGGAACACGGGGCCGAGGACAUGGACAUUGCCGACGACGAUUAUCUCUCACGUCUGACCCCUUCACACGGCGAGCGGUCCGCAUGGAAUCGCAAGUCUACCGGGGAAGCGAGGCCGUCAAGCGAUUGGGGCGACGACGAGGCUCACUGGGGCAGCGUCAAAGGCCAGCAGCCCACGGUUGUGCGCUCGCACCCGGUCGGGCGGGUCAAGAGCCGCGAGGGCUUGCUCAAAUCGUCCGAUACGCUUGAACAGGCGGAUCAAGACGGCAGCAGUGACGGCAGUGAGGAGGCCGGGCUUCAACGAGCAACAAGUAUCGACUAUGGGAAGGCGCACGCGCGACGCAUCAGCGCCGGUAGCGCACGCUUGCUCUCGAUAACGCCCCGCUCAUCGGUCGAUGCGAAGCACGCCAUCAUGGCGCAGACGGACAAGGCUUGA